AUGGCAAACAUUGAGGAGCAAUUGAGGGCAGCAAGUAACCGGAACAAGGUAUCAACUCUGCCGACUAAGAAGACCGACGACCCACCUGUGAUUGAUUUAGAUCUAGAUGAUGAUGAUUUGGACAUGCUAGUCUCCCAACCAAAAAGAAGUCGUAGCAGUACUCAGAAUGCCGAUGAAGAUAGCAUUGAAAACAAGGAUCACAGCCCAGAACAGCCUGCGCCUAAGAAACAAGCAAUAAGCAAACUUGGCAGAAAAACUCCAAUUGAGAAAAGACAGAUUGAAUCACCACAAACGGUUGAAGAACUCCUAAACUCCAUACCUUCUGUGGAUCUCGAUAACGUCACUACUAAGGAGACUACUCAAUUUGCUUGGAAGGGAGCGAGUGAUGACGGUUCUGGAGGUGGACAAGAUAUAGAAAUACCUGAAGGACGACCAGAUUGUCUGCUAGGUUUAACCAUUGUAUUUACAGGGACACUUCCUAACCUGGACCGGACUACUUCUGAGAAUUUGGCCAAAAAGUACGGCGCUCGUGUUACGAAAUCGAUAUCAAAGAAGACUUCAGUGGUAGUAUUGGGAGAAGAAGCUGGACCAAAGAAACUUGAAAAUAUAAAGAAAUUGGGAAUUAAGGCAAUAGAUGAAGAAGGAUUUAAGGCCCUCAUCGCUGGUAUGCCAGCUAAUGGAGGUGACAAUAUUGAAGCAGAAAAGGCAAGAAAGAAGCUAAAAGAGCAAGAGGAGCAGGCCAUGAGAGAUGCCCAAAAAAUGGCGAAAGAGCAAGAAGAGAAGGAGAAGAAAAGCUCAAUGAGUAAGGGUAAUAAUUUGUCCAGUAAGGAAUUUGUGAGUGAAUCUAAUAAGCUAUGGACAUCUAAGUAUGCGCCGACAGACUUGAGACAACUCUGUGGUAAUAAAGGUGCGAUCCAGAAAUUACAAAACUGGCUACAAAGUUGGAAUUCUGGUAAAAAGCCUCAAAUGAGAGCUGUAAUGCUUUCAGGUCCACCAGGUAUUGGUAAGACAACUGCAGCACACUUAGUUGCGAAAUCUUUAGGAUAUGACGUGCUCGAGAAGAACGCUUCUGAUGUUCGUUCAAAAGGUUUACUAAACUCUAGUGUAAAAUACGCAUUAGAUCACAAAUCUGUCAUUGGUAUGUUCAAAAAUAUUUCAAUGGAAAAUCAGCCCAAAAAUGGUAAACGUUUUGUUAUUAUUAUGGAUGAAGUUGAUGGUAUGAGUGGUGGUGACAGGGGUGGAGUUGGUCAAUUGGCCCAGUUUUGUAGGAAGACAAACACUCCCAUGAUCCUUAUAUGUAAUGAGCGCAACUUACCGAAAAUGAGACCAUUCGAUCGUUCCGUUCUCGAUAUACCUUUCAGAAGGCCGGAUGCACAAGCUGUAAAAGCUCGUUUAAUGACAAUAGCCAUGCGAGAGAAGUUCAAGCUUGACCCUAACAUCAUAGACAGACUAGUAUCUGUUACGAGAGGUGAUAUGAGACAGAUAAUUAAUCUUUUAUCUACGGUUACCACUACAUCGAAGUCAAUUGGCAGUGAUAAUAUAAAAUCACUCUCCGAUAACUGGGAGAAAAAUGUGGCAUUGAAGAUAUUUGACAUUACUCCAAAACUUCUAAGUGGUGGUAUAUAUACCGAAAAUGGUGCUAAACAAUUCCCUUUAUACAAAAAAAUGGAAUUGUACUUUGACGAUUUUGACUUCACCCCGUUAAUGAUACAAGAGAAUUAUACUUCCACGACACCAACUCUAUUGAGACCCGGCGAUACACAUCUAAGUGCAGUGGCUGCUGCUGCAGAAUCAAUUUCAGAAGGUGACCUUGUCGACAAAAAAAUCCGUAGUGCUGACCAGCAAUGGUCUUUGCUACCACUACAUGCAGUAUUAUCUACUGUAAGGCCCUCUUCGAAAGUUGCUGGUAAUAUAACAAAAAGAAUCAAUUUCUCAGCCUUUUUGGGCCAAAACUCCAAAAUGGGUAAAUACUACAGACUAUUGCAAGAUAUUCAGUACCAUACUAGAUUGAGCACAUCAACAAACAAAUUAGGUUUACGUUUACAAUAUAUGCCAACGAUGAAAAAACACCUACUAGAUCCAUUGAUUACAGGCGGUAAAGAUGGUAUUCAAGAUAUUAUUGAGUUCAUGGACAACUACUAUUUAUCAAAAGAACAUUGGGAUGCAAUAAUGGAAUUUUACGUUGGAAGAGAUAAAACAGAAGAUGUUCUCAAAUCAAUACCUUCGGCAACCAAAUCAGCAUUCACUCGUGCCUACAAUAGUACAUCACAUCCAACUCCUAUCAUGAAGUUGGGCUCUUCUAAUGUGAAGGGAACCUCAGUGGCACGUCCAGACUUCGAAGAUGUUGUUGAUGUUGAUGAUGAAGUGGUCGCUGAAGAAGAAGAGACAAAGGAUAACAACGAAAUUGAUUUCAAAAAGGAUAAAUUUAUCAAACAAGUUAAUAAGAAGAAGACCAAAGCUAAACCAAGGAAAAAUACAUCUAAAAACUAG